CAACAAAGAUGGCUGUCGGAAGUGCUCCCGGUUGUUGUUGUUCUCCUUAGCCUCCUUCCGUGUUCCACCUUCUCCUUUCUCCUCCCGCCCGACUGAGAGCCGAGAUGAUGAUGGCGACGGCGGCGGCCACAGCCACAGCCACGGCGGAGGUGGAAUACGAGUCCAUUCUCUGCGUGAAGCCCGACAUCAGCGUCUAUAGGAUCCCCCCGAGGGCCUCCAACCGCGGAUACAGGGCUUCUGACUGGAAACUGGAUCAGCCAGAUUGGACAGGACGACUUCGCAUUACCUCUAAAGGCAAAGUUGCCUAUAUAAAGCUAGAAGACAAAGUUUCAGGAGAGCUUUUUGCCCAAGCGCCAAUAGAUCAGUAUCCUGGUAUUACUGUGGAGACUGUGACUGAUUCCAGCCGAUACUUUGUUAUCCGGAUUCAAGAUGACAAUGGACGAAGUGCUUUUAUUGGCAUUGGCUUUGGAGACAGGGGGGAUGCCUUUGACUUCAACGUUGCCCUCCAGGAUCAUUUCAAGUGGGUGAAACAAGAGUCUGAAAUUUCCAAGGAGUCCCAAGAAAUAGACAACCGUCCCAAGCUUGACCUCGGGUUUAAGGAAGGACAGACCAUUAAAUUGAACAUUGGGAAUAUGCCAACCAAAAAAAGUGGACAUUCCAAGCCACGUCCAGCUGGAUCAGGGGGACUAAGCCUGCUCCCGCCACCUCCUGGGGGCAAAAUUGCACCACCUCCUGUCCCUCCACCUUCCUCAACUGCCAUUUCUAAUCAUGUGACACCUCCACCAGUGUUGAAAUCAAGCACAUUGGGCAACACAGCAUCAGAUAUUCUGCUAGACUUGGACUUGCCACCUCCUGUUUCAAACGUUUCUGCACCUGGUAUGGUUCCAGCCACUACAGACCUAUGGGGCGACUUCAACACUGCAUCCAGCACAGCUCCCAGCCAAUCUUCCCAGCCACCCAAUUGGGUCCAAUUCUGAAGAAUCUUGAGUUGAAAAAGUAAGAAUGGACCAAUGAACAAGGCUUGAGGACUCCAGGUCAAAUGGGAGUGAGCUGAUUUCCUUAGCUCUUCUGUCAAAACAUGAUUUUUGGACAAUCCUCCUUUUUUUAUGUUAAAGUUUGCAUUUGCAUUGGCACCCAUAAUUUUCUCUCAUGAAUGCCCUGUGAUAAUGUCAGAAGAAUGGGAGGGAAGCUCUGACAGGCUUUGCUAAGUGUACCCUCUACGUCAUAGCUGCUACUGUGGAGGAAAACUAACGCUGUGUUGCUUAGGAGAAAGCUGGCCAGAUUUGGAGUUUCUAGCUGGACUUGUCUCCCUUUCUGUUUUCCACCUCUACCAUAGCGGCAAUGAUCUUGGCAGGUUGGCUGGAAGCCUGAACAGAAUAGUGGGCCAUGACAAGCAUAUUUGAUGAAUGUUUUUGUGUAGCAAAUGAGGAGGAAAACAAAAGCCAUUCCUAAAGAAGUCAUUGUGACACAAUAUACUUUCCUUGUCAUAGUAUCUUUAUGAUGGACCUAACUGAGCCCUUCCUCAGAUGUUAUUUUCCCCUUCUGACGUGUGAUAGGGAAGUGUUAAUGAGUCUGUGUAUCAACUUACUUGUGGUGCAGUUUGACUUAGAUCACCCUUCUUUCACUCUGGGUGUACACCUACAAAUCUCCCUGAUUCACCACCUCCUAGCACUGAAGAUACUUUACAACUUUUUAAAACUGGAAAUGUGUAGAAAAAUUGUCCCCGUAUCAUGCAAAAAACCCACCCUCUCCUGCUUCCAUCUUUACAUAGAACAAUAACAGAGCUAUCUGUUAUUAGGAAACUGCAGUUUUGGUUCUUUUAGAAAUCUGCUGAAGAGAUUGUGCAGAUUAGCACUGACUCUUGAUACAAAUUUUAUGUAUAUUCUACACUUGGGAUAUGCCUGCAAAUGUGAAAGCAGUCUAAGCACUUAAUUGACUAUUGCCAAUGAAAUGCCAUCACCUAACUGUCAACGGCAGCAGAAAUGCCACUGCAGAUUUCUAAAAAUGAAUUUCAGGGCUUAAGGGAACUAAUGUUUGAACUGUACUUUUCUGGCCAGCAUGUUUACUGUCUUUAUACAUGGGUCAUCUCUCCCAACCAAAUAUUAGUGAACAGUGAAAUUACUUGGGACAGAGUGUUUUUAUUAUCCUCUAUUCUGUACCAUCUGUUCUUUCUUCCCAUCAGCUGCUCAGUUGGUUGGGAAGGCAUACUAUUAUACUUGGUUUGCUUGGCUCCUGAAAAAUAUUGUUGAACAGAUUUGUAAGUUUCACUGUGGGAAUCUUUGGUGAUGCCAGUAGGCAGUAAGCAAUAUCCGUUCAUAUCAGCUAGAGAUCUGUGUUUGUACACACAGUUGAUAUGAGCCCAUGGCUUGGUGCUUUUAGAUGUGUGUGGCAGAAUUAGGGUAUAUCUGAGUAGUCUUGUGAUAUUUCUCCUUAGAUCAUAGCCCUGUGACUCUUGAACUUUUCUGUAGAUUAUUUAAAACCAGUACAGCAGGGGGAGAUCUACUCCACUAGUAACUGAGAAGUGAAAGUUCUGAAAAGUUAUAUGCAUAUCUCACUUAUCUGAAACAUCUGCUGGGGUUUGCUUUUUAAGGCUAUAUAUGCUUUAAAUACUCAGUUAUUCAUCCUCUUGGCACCACUACCACUUUAUUUCUAUAUUAAUCUACUCCUACAACUAGAUGUAUUUUUGAGUCUUCAUUAUUUCACCACUGGUUGCUCGUGAACUGUUUUCCUUCCUCUUCUCUACUAGUGGAAUUGUAUAAGUCAGACCAGGAAAUCUUCAAUCUGGCUUGAAUAGUCUAUAUCAGUGACAGGCCCUAUCAUUUCAAUAAUUCUGUGUCCAGACCUCAAGAAGUUAGAUAAUAAUUGGAAAAGAGUAAUCAGGAGCUUCUCCUUCUAUUUCUUUUUUGUUUUGUUUUGUUUUUUACAGCUCGUAUCAAGGUAAUAUAUUAUGUAUUGGCAAAAACUGAAAUAAAAUUUCGUCUAUAUGUAUAUGAAACAUAAGAUGUACUGGUUCAAUAACAGCAAAUAAAAUCCAGAAUAUAAUUGCAAAGGGCAUGUA